AUGGCAACGCCUUCAUUGAUGCAUUUUGAUUCUUUAAAACUCUCUCACUUUUCGACCGUUGUCACAACGACAUCUGCUAGUUGUUUUAGCCCUUUUCAAUCCCUUUCUUUUUCUUCACAGAAUGACACAAGAUUUGCUUCUUCACAAUACUCUCCUUCGCGGAGAAACAAGUGGCUAUGUGGAUAUAAGAAGAGACAUCAAAUAAUUGAUAAUCUGAGGGAUGGGGACAUGAAUGAGAUUCAGAUGUUUGGUUCUGAUGAAGAAGUCAAAACUCAGAUUCCAACCCAAGCCCAAUCUCUCGUUGAAGGGUCAGGAGCAGUUAUGGUAUCGGAGUAUAAGCCCGCCCCAGAUGUGGACUAUCUACAGUCAAUUGUUAUCUUGGGUACUAAUGCUGCUGUAAUUAGAGGUGCUCUUCGUGCUGAAAAACCAGAGCUUCUCACUGUAAUAUUGCCACAAAGUUUGAAAAAGCAACCUCCUGAGAGUCAAGAGUUACUUUCUAAAGUAAAAAAUGUAAUAGAGAAGCCCCACAACGAUCAUCUCCCAUUGAUAGAAGCUAGCAGGCUAUGCAACAUGGACAUCAUCUCACAAGUACAGCAAGUUAUUUGCUUUGCAUUUCAUGAUAGUAGAUUGCUCAUGGAAACUUGUCAAGAAGCGAAGAAUAUGAGGAAGAUCGUUACUCUCUUUUAUCUGGAUUAA